CCGAAGUUCACCCACUACCACGGCCCACCACCAUGAGCAUUCUUCGUCCGUUUCGAGCUGAGGAUAUGUUCAAAUUCAACAACAUCAACCUAGAUAUUUGGACAGAAACAUACAACAUUGGCUUCUAUCUGAACUAUCUUUCGCGAUGGCCUGACCUUUGCUGCGUUCAAGAAGCACCAAGUGGGCGUAUGAUGGGCUACGUCAUUGGAAAAGCAGAAGGAUUAGGGACAGAAUGGCACGGUCAUGUUACAGCUAUUACCGUCGCCCCCGAAUACAGAAAACUGGGUCUUGCUCGCAAAAUGAUGUCCCUGCUCGAACUCGUGUCGGACGAAACCUACCAUGGUUUCUUCGUCGACCUAUACGUUCGAUGCGCGAACAUUAUUGCCAUCGACAUGUAUGAAAGGCUGGAAUAUAGCGUGUAUAGGAGAGUGAGAGAGUACUAUGGGAAUCUAGGAAUCGGGAAAGGCGGACGAGAUGAAGAAGAUGCCUUUGAUAUGCGGAAACCUCUAUCAAGGGACCGCGAACGACGUUCAAUACGUGGCAACGGUCGAGAUGUUCUCGUCAGCGCCAACGAGGUCUCAUAAUGCAUCUGAUUCUCUGUAUCUGUGUACCUCCCUUGACUGUAAUGAUUUUAACAUCAUAGAUGUGGAUUCUUCAACCCAAACAGAGGAGGGGCGUCCGGGUUGGCCAUAUCAAUAUAGCUUUAAUUUAUUAAAGCAUCUUUGACAGGGUGCC